GUGGCAUUGGUGUGAUGAUGGGGUGUGUCGUUGGGCGAGCGGGUCUACUGUUGAUCCUCAGCGACGGCGGGGGGUUGUUGCUUCCGCUGGGGUUGAGCCUCUUACCUGCAUUGCUGUGCAAUUUGGCUGCUCUGACGCUCUUUGGAAGGGAGCCUUG